CUGCCGUAGAGUGGGCGCGAGCUAUAUAUUCGUAUAUAUAUAUAUAUAUAUAUAUAUGCUCACAUAUAUAAUCUUCUAGUCUAGGCCUAGGGUUUGUGUUUUGCAGUUUGUGGCUAGAAUUUAUACUUUCUACCGUACCGCAGAGGUCCAGAUCCGUCAACCAAUGGAGACUUCCAUUAGAUAUGGCGGAGAUUCAAAGGCUCUCAGAAUUCACGCCAAAGAGAAGUUCCCCGUCGACUCCAGUACCUUCUUGCAGGUUCAUGGAGAGCUAGAUACAAAAUAUGGAGCUCCAAGUUAUCUAAGUGCAAUGAUAAGACACUUCUAUCCAGAUUUAUCAGCUAGUCUUGGUGUGGGAUUGCUAUAUGAUAGACAUGAGAAGCUCCGGUAUUGUGUACGAGGAAAGAAGGCAUUUUCUGUGACACCUAAUGGAUUGGUAGAGUUUAAUAUUAAGGGGCGGUGUGAUGUUGAUAAAGAAUUUAGAGAGAGGAAAUCAAGAGGGGCUGCUGAGUUUUCUUGGGGCAUUCUCAAUUUUCGUAAAGGCCAAGAUAUACGGCUUAAAGUUGGUUAUGAAGUAUUGGACAAGGUUCCCUACCUGCAGAUCAGGGAAAAUAAUUGGACACUCAAUGUUGAUGCUAAUGGCAAGUGGAAUGUGAGAUAUGACCUUUGAGAAGGGGAGAUCUUCAUAUAUGCAUUUAAAGUGAGAUAUAAAUUGCAGUGAACGUUUCUGCCUAUGUCUCUUACCAAUUAAAACCACCACUGAGGUAGUGAAAAUGUUGGGCUCAAUUUUUUAUGCUAUAUCGGGGCCCCUUUCGAUCUUUUGUGAAGAGAACUCUGCUACGUGACUACCAGAGAGAUUAUCUGCUUCUGUAAGGAAGGGGUCCAAUCAAUUGCUAAGCAUCUUUGGUAGAUUCCUUCUGUA